AUGGCCAACGCUUUUUCUGCGGCCUUUCUGGCGGUAGUCGCCUGCCUAAUUGCUUCGGCUGGUGCACAGGGCAGCGCAUGCACCUCGGGUUCGGCUUGCCAACCGUGGGGGGUGGAGCGGCGCUGCGCUGUUGGUAAGCGAAUGGACCUCCGCUAUGGGGUGCGGCUUUCUCACCCUUCUGCGAUGAUCGCGUUUGGGUUUUGUCCCGUUGUGGAUGAGCUUCAGGCGUUUAAUCUCACCGGCACAGGUUCACUGCUCUCGAGUCUUCGUGCGGGAGAAUUCGCCUGGAUGUCCAUCUACGGCCAGGGAUCUGCAGGAAACCAAACGGAGGACCUUUCCAACGCGGUGCUCUUCGCUGAGACAUCCGAUGCGUGCGGCAACGGUGAGCGGGCCGUUGUCAACUUUAUCAUUCUGCGCUUCUCCAUGACCCGGGGUCGAUACACCUACGGGAGUAACACGUCAUAUCCAACAAGUUCAGGUUUUGAGCCCACGUGUGACAGUCGCGGUUACUGUCCUUACGACUCUGGGAGCGUCUGUGUCGGGUUGCCCGGGAAGAAGAAUUGCGCCAAAUGUUUGGCGGGAGAUGCGUUGAAGAAGGCACAGACGACGGUAUGGGUCUCCUAUUAUGGGACGGACGCCGACGGUGCUGUGUUUACAAGCGGGGAAUCCAACCCUGCGGAGUUCCAGCGAUUUAGCAUGGGUGCCUUGGGGGCAAUGUCUAGGGCCCUUGAUGAUUAG